CUUCCGGGCUAAGGUCAUGGCGUGUUGCUGAACAGCAUGUGAGUUUGGAUAGCCACAAACCGGAGAUUUAAUACGUCUUAAAGAACUUCAUAGAUGGCAUCGGCGGAGGAGGACUUCCCUCGAGGAGGGACAGCAAAGAAGUCUACUGGGAGUAAAACAGUGGUUCAUCGAACAGAAGCGGACAAUUUGUUUCAGUCUAAUGAGCAAGCUGAAACCAAGAAAAGAAAGGCAGGAGCCAAAGAUGACAGCAAAAAGCUCAAGAAGCAAAAGGCAGAAGAAAAGAAAGUUGGCCUGACACUUAACGCUCCAGUCAAAUGUGUGGAAAUUCUGCAUGUUAAGGAUGUGAAGGAGGGCAUGCUGAUGCUAGGCUGUGUGAAAGAGGUGACAGACUUUGAGGUGACCGUCAGCCUGCCUAGUGGCCUGCAAGGCUUUCUCAGCAUCAAGAACAUCUGCGAUUCAUACACCAAGCUGCUGAGUGAGCAGCUGGACUCAGCUGACACAGAGGAAAUCUGCUCUUUGCCACACCUUUUCUACCCCGGCAUGGUGCUCAGGUGUGUGGUUGCCAAGUUGGAUGUAACGAAGAGAGGCUCGCUUAGCAUCCAGCUGUCAAUCAAUCCAAAACUGGUCAACAAAAAUCUGACCCCGAGUGGACUGAAAACUGGCAUGGUCUUGAGUGCGUGUGUGGAGAGCGUGGAGGAUUACGGCUACAUCAUUGACAUUGGUGUCAGUGGAACCAAGGCCUUUCUGUCUAAGGAAUCCCUGAAAUUCAAACACAACAAUGCUCAAGAGCUGAAAGUGGGUCAGUAUUUGACUUCCCAAGUAGAAGAGGUGAAGAAUGAUGGUCGCGUGGUCCAGCUUUCUGCUAACCUGACUACGAUUGCUCAGACUUGUGCUGAACCCAAGCAGGGCUGGAACCUCACAACACUUCUUCCUGGCCUUCUGGUCAAAGCUACCGUCAAGGAGGUGACCAAACACGGCCUGAUCCUGGACUUCCUGUCCUCGUUUAAUGGCCAGGUGGAUUUUCUCCACAUGGAGCCAGAACAGGCUUCCAGCUACACUAAGGGACUUCAGGUGAAUGCGCGCGUGCUGUACAUCGAGCCACAGACUCGUCUGGUGGGAAUGAGCCUGCGCAGCCACCUUAUUCAUCUUGAGACUGGGAUUGAGCCCGUUCCUGCAGGUAGGGAACGGAUUGGAGAGGUGGUGAAGGAGUGCAAGAUGACCGCUAUGCACCACCUGUCUGGAGGAGUGUUGGAACUUCCGGACAAAACGUUGGCCUUUGUACAUCGGAACCACCUGAAGGAGUCUAAUGAGCAAACUAAUGAAAACAGAGUGUUUGCCCAGCCUGAGCACAUCUGCAGGAUCCUGGACUUCAGCCCCAUGGAGCAAAUUCAUUUUGCUACUUUACGCAGGAGUGUGAUUGGGAAGCCUUUUUACAGAUACCAUGAUGUUCAAGCCGGUCAGGUUGUGGAGGGGACAGUGUCAGUCCUGCUGAGUCAUGGGAUGGUGGUGCAUCUGUCUGACCACAUUAAAGGUUUGGUGCCUCGAACCCAUCUGUCUGACAUUGUCCUGCAGAAUCCGGAGAAAAAGUACAUGGAGGGCAUGAAGGUCAAAUGUCGGGUGCUGUCAGUAGAGGCAGAGAAUAAGAAGCUGUACCUGACCAGAAAAAAGACUCUGGUUGAAAGCUCCUUGCCGUUGUUCCUGAGCUAUAAUGACACUCGUCCUGGUCGCGUGUCCCACGGCUAUAUCGUGAGCGUAAAAGACUUUGGCUGCAUUGUCCGUUUUUACAAUGGGGUUAAGGGUCUGGUGCCGCUCAGUGAGCUGAGCUCUGAGCCCAUCGUUCGUCCCGAGGACAUCUUCUACGUUGGGCAGGUGGUAAAGGCUAAAGUUCUUCAGUGUGAUCCUGAAAAGGGAAAGAUGGUGCUUUCAUUUAAGGCAGUGGUCAAAAAAGAAAAUGAGGAGACUGAAAAACCUGAGUUUGACUGUGAAGUGGGGAAGAGGCUGGAUGCAAAGGUGCUGAAAAAGUCACUCAACGGUUUGGAAGUGGCCAUCCUCCCGGAUGAGAUCCAUGCUGUACUGCCUAUGAGCCACCUGUCUGAUCACAUGUCCAACUGCCCUCUGCUGUGGGAGAGCCUGCAGGAAGGAGAUAUCAUCUCAAAACUCAUCUGUCCAAGCAAGAACAAGCAGAAUAUUACUCUCACCAAGAAACCAACAGUGAGAUGGUCACUGGAGGAAGGAGUGGUUGCCAAAGAUUUCUCUGAGAUCACUGUUGGACUUCAGCUGGUUGGCUGGAUCAAAAAUAUCAUGCCCUAUGGUGUCUUUGUGGAGUUUCCAUAUGGCCUUUGUGGACUUGCACCCAAAUCAGCCAUGACUGACAAGUUCAUCAGAGAUACGACGAACACCUUCCAGGUUGGCCAGACGGUCAUUGCUAAAGUGACAAACCUCGAUGAGGAGAAGCGGCGAUUCCUGGUCACACUGAAGAUUUCAGAGGUCAUAUCACCAAAGGGGGAUGCCCAGACAAGACUCAUUAAUGGUCUUCAGGAGAGAAGAGCAGUCACUGAAAUGUUGGUUAUGAAAGAUAACAGUGAACUUCAGCAGCAGCUGGCUGCUCUGUCUGUUGGACAGAAACUGAAGCUGACUGUGGAUACUGUGAAUGACACCGGUACCACGUUUAAGUCUGAUGGCUUGAUUGGUGCUACCAUUCUGGCCAAUAAGCACCACAUGAUGGGUGUUAAACUGACCAACGGACAGAAAGUCGGUGCAGUCGUCCUUCAUGUUGACAUGCUUUCUGCUUGUGUCCAUGUCUCUAUCCUUUCCAAGGUGAUGGGGAAGAAGAAAUCUCUGGCUGAAGGGUUGAAAUACACAGCAAUGGUGCAGCACAUAGACAAAGACUUUGCCGUCAUCUCAUUGGGUGACACGGCACAGCUGACUGUGAUCCAGACUUGCAGCCACCUGAAUGAGAUAUUCCUGUCUGAGUCAGAGAAGCUGAAGGCGGGCAUGACUUUGUCAGCUGAAGUUAUUGAACCCAGCUGUCAAGAGCUGCAAGGGCUCCCUUUGGUGUCGUGGGAGCGCAGUAUGCCAGAGCGAAAGCGCACAGCUUCAGAAAACCAGACUGGCCGCAAGGGCCACUGCUUUGGUGAAAUCCUGCAGGGCACGGUGCGGACAGUAAAACCUACCUGCAUCCAGGUUACCUUAGAGGAUGGAAGCUCAGGUAGCGUGCAUGUGUCUGAAGUGGUGGAGCCUGCAGAAGUGCGCCUGGGAUCUUUCCCCACGUCAUCAGUGAAAGUGGGCAGCGUGGUCACCGCCAGGGUUAUCGGAGGACGAGAGGCUUCCAGUCACAGAUUCUUGCCAUUCUCCCAUCCAAAGUUCACAUACACCAUUUCCGAGCUUACGCUGAUACCCAGCAAACUGAAUGAGAGUGUCGAUUUCAAACCAGUUACAGCAAAAGAAAAACUGAGCAGCUAUACAGCUGGGGAGGAAAUUACAUGCUUUGUAUCAAAGUUUAACUCAGACAGAAAGUCUUUGGAAGUCACGACUGAUCCCAGUGUUUCUGGAACGGUUGAACUGCUGGCAAUGACCACUGAUCCUAAAGAUAUCGGCCACCCUGAGAAACUGUACAAGCUGGGCCAAGCAGUCCGUGCCAGAGUGGUAGAAGCGAGCUUCCCUCCUCAUCGCUUUGUGCUGUCACUCACAGGUGUCCAUAAACUGGAGAAAGGCAGCAUUACUUUGGGGAUAGUAACAAAUAUUCAGCCACAAACUGGCCUGCUGGUCAAACUUCCCUUUGGGGGCAUGGGAACUGUUGCUGUCACAGACCUUGCUGAUGCCUACAGGCCAAACCCACUGGCUGUUUACAACAAGGAUCAGUUUCUCAGGUGUUACCUUCUAGAUAAUGAAAAUGACAAGUGGCAGUUGUCUCUGCGACCAUCAAGGCUGAACCCAGAGAAGGCCAAGCCAGCAAAAGACCCAGAAGUGUUGUCCAUAAACAAACUGAAGGCAGGCCAGAUCAUCAGAGGCUAUGUGAAGUCUGUUGGAGAGCAGGGAGUCUUCAUCAGGUUGUCAAGAAGCAUCAUUGGAAGAGCUGAGCUCCAGCAAACCACCAAAUACUUUGUUAAAAAUCACAAAAUCGUCUCUGAGCACCUGCCUCCCAACGCCCUGCUCACCACCAAAAUUCUCAGUAUUGACAAGGAGGAGUUUAUCAACCUCUCGCUUCUCCCUGAGGAAACCGGGAAGCCAGACGUCCUUCCAGAAUCGCUCGGUCUGCCGCUGCGUCUCGUCAGAGAGGAGAAGAAGAAACAAGAUAAGAAGAGCAAGAAACGCCCAGCAUCUGAGAGCGAAGAGAUCUCAAAGAAAAAGAAGAAGGAAUCAAAGAAGGCAAGAACUGAUGAUAAUGAUAGUGGAGUAGAGGUGUACUUCAGAGAAGAGGAGGAUAAGGAAGAUGAAGGAAAACCUGCAAAACAGGUUACAUCCAGUGCAUCGUGUCCAUCUAGACUGCAGGUGACAGCAGGUUUCUCCUGGGAUGUGGGUCUUAGCUCCCUGAAGCCUGCCUCUGCAGCGCAGGAGGAGGACUCGAGUGAUGGAGAAGACCAAGAGGGAAGCACUAAGCCCCAGAAGAAGUCUCGUCAUGAGCAAGAGCAGGAGAAAAAGGAAGCAGAGAAGGCUUUGAUACAGAGAGAGGCUGAGCUGAUGGAUCCAAACCUGCGGCCCCAGGAUGCAGCUGCCUUCGAGCGUCUGCUCCUAGCAUCACCCAACAGCUCGCUGCUGUGGCUCCAGUUCAUGGCUCACCAUCUGCAGGCUACACAGAUCGAGCAGGCCCGCACUGUCGCUGAAAGAGCCCUGAAAACGAUCUCCUUCAGGGAGGAGCAGGAGAAGCUGAAUGUGUGGGUGGCCCUGCUGAACCUGGAGAACAUGUAUGGCACAGAGGAGAGUCUCAAGAAGGUGUUUGAGCGGGCAGUGCAGUUCUGUGAGCCCAUGCCUGUAUACCAGAAGCUGUCUGAGAUCUACGCCAAGUCCAACAAAAUCAAGGAGGCAGAGGGCCUGUAUAAGACGAUGGUGAAGCGCUUCCGUCAGAAUAAGGAAGUGUGGUUUAGCUAUGGGACCUUCCUGCUUCAGCAGGGUCAGAGUGAUGCUGCCAGUAAUCUCCUGCAGAGGGCGUUGAAGAGUCUCCCUCCAAAAGAAAGUGUGGAUGUGAUCGCCAAGUUCGCUCAGCUGGAGUUUCGUUACGGUGAUGUAGAGAGAGGUCGCAACAUGUUUGACAAAGUCCUGAGCACAUACCCAAAACGUACCGACCUGUGGUCUGUUUUCAUCGACCUCAUGGUCAAACAUGGAUCGCAGAAGGAAAUCAGAGCGCUCUUUGAUCGAGUGAUCCACCUGAGUGUUUCUGUGAAGAAGAUCAAGUUCUUCUUCAAGCGUUACCUGGAAUAUGAGAAGACACAUGGCACCCCUCAGAGCGUCCAAGCAGUAAAAGAAAAGGCCAUUGAGUUUGUGGAGGCUAAAGGCACAGAGGGUACCAAGUAAAGUCCAGAUAUAUGCAGGCAAACACCUUAUAAAUGCAGGUGGACACGCGUGACUUGCUGUGUAUUUGUAUCCUCAGAUGAGGAGGAGCAUUUUCCUCAAAAUGACCAAUAUUUUAGCUUGUAAUUAAGUUUUUUGUAAUAGUUGUGGACUCAUGAGUGUUGAACUUGUAUGCUACAAUACUGUGGGUCUAUAAAACAACAGUUUUGUAUGAUAAUGAGUAAAUCAUGUCACGAUGAUUGCUGACUGUUUGAACAGAUUUAUAAAAGCUUCAAUAAAACCUUUGUCAUACGA